ACGUUCUGCGUGGUGUCGAAACGUUUCAGGAAGAACUACAUCCAUCGGUUCACGGCCACGAGUUCGUUCUUCAUGUUCAGCCCAUGGAGUCGAUAUCGGAAAGCUUGUAUAUAUUUAUCAACUAAUCAAUUCUUCGACUACCUUGUCAUGGCCACAAUUUUGCUCAAUUGCGUCUUCCUCGCCAUGGCUGAAACUAUUGAAGAAGCAGAGUUCGUUUUUUUAGCAAUAUACACGGCGGAAAUGAUCAUAAAGAGUGUGGCUAAAGGAUUCAUAUUGAAUAAGUACACGUAUCUAAGGAAUCCUUGGAACUGGCUGGACUUUGUCGUGAUAACGAGCGGUUACGCCACCAUCGGAAUGGACGUCGGUAAUUUGGCAGGUCUGAGGACGUUUCGUGUCCUUAGGGCACUGAAGACUAUUUCCAUAUUGCCAG